AUGGAAAUUACCAACAGGACCCACCACAACAUGCUCCACAUGGAGUUUAGCCCUCUCACUGAUUUUAUGGAGGAGAACGACACCAACUCCACCGCCGGAGAGAGAAACCUCUUCGGCUGCGUGCAGGUCCGGAUCCCCCAGGAACUUUUCCUGGCACUAGGACUCAUCAGUCUGGUGGAGAACAUCCUGGUGGUUCUGGCCAUCUUCAAGAACCGAAACCUGCACUCGCCCAUGUACUACUUCAUCUGCUGCCUAGCGGUGUCCGACAUGCUGGUGAGCGUCAGUAAUGUGGUGGAGACGAUUUUUAUGCUCCUCAAUGACCAUGGGCUGCUGGACGUGCACCCCGGUAUGCUUCGCCACCUGGACAACGUCAUCGACGUGAUGAUCUGCAGCUCCGUCGUGUCCUCGCUCUCUUUUCUGUGCACAAUCGCCGCGGAUCGCUACAUCACCAUCUUUUACGCGCUGCGCUACCACAGUAUCAUGACCACGCAGCGCGCUGUCACCAUCAUCGUGAUGGUGUGGCUUGCCAGCAUCAUCUCCAGCAUCCUCUUCAUCGUAUACCACACCGACAACGCCGUCAUAGUUUGCCUCGUGACCUUCUUCUGCAUCACGCUGGUGUUCAACGCGGUGCUUUACCUGCACAUGUUCCUCCUGGCGCACCUGCACUCUAGGCGCAUCGUGGCUUUCAACAAAAGCAGGCGCCAAUCCACGAGCAUGAAGGGCGCCAUCACUCUCACUAUCCUGCUCGGGGUUUUCAUUUUAUGCUGGGGUCCCUUCUUCCUCCACCUCAUCCUCAUCCUCACCUGUCCCACCAGCCCCUUCUGCAACUGCUUCUUCAGGAACUUUAACCUCUUCCUCAUCCUCAUCAUCUGUAACUCGCUCAUUGAUCCGCUCAUUUACGCGUACCGGAGCCAGGAGCUGCGUAAAACUCUGCAGGAGUUGGUACUGUGCUCCUGGUGCUUCGGAGUGUGA